UCUGUUCCAGUGUGACAGUGUAUUUCCGUGCGGCGAGCAACUCCUCAGCCUGACAGAUGCAGCAGCAGACCGACGACAUGGAGGGGUCCAUGGAGUCCCCGAACCUGGAGUUUGAAUAUGGGGACACGGACAGCUUCACUGCAGAGCUCUCAGAGCUGUACAGCUACACAGAGGAACCGGAGUUCAGUCUAAACAGGGAUUACUUUGAGGAAGACUUCAAGAAUCAUGUGAAGGGCCGGAGGUGGAUGGAGUUGAGUAUGGAGGAGCAGAGGGCAUAUGUCAUGAGACUGCUGGAUGCUCUGGAGGUCACCGAUCGAGACAAGAGGCUCAAAGUUGCCCGAGCCAUCCUCUAUUUGGCACAAGGUGUGUUUGAUGAGUGCGACACAGAAACUGACGUCCUCUACUGGUCCCGACACAACGUCUUCCUCCUCUACGACAUGGGCAUCUUCACGGCUCUGCUGGAGCUCCUCAGCAUGGAGAUAGAUAAUAACCAGGCAUGCAGCAGUGCGGUGAGAAAACCAGCCAUUUCUCUGGCAGACAGCACUGAACUCAGCUUUGCCCUCCUCCUCUUCACCAUGGUAACCAAGUUCUGCAGCAUGAAUGCGCCCCAUUUCCCAAUGAAGAAAGUGCUGCUCUUACUGUGGAAGACCAUACUGUUCACUCUGGGAGGUUUCGAGGAGCUGCAGGAGAUGAAGGUGAGAAUGAGAGAACUUUUGAACCUGUCACCGCUCCCUGAGGACAGCAUUAAGGUGGUGCGAAACAUGCGUGCCGCUUCUCCUCCUGCCUCGGCCAUGGAGCUCAUCGAGCAACAGCAGCAGCAGAAGAGAGGACGCAGGAGUCGUCGGAGUGCCUUUGUUGAUAGCUUGGAAGGAGACAGUCCAUAUGCCAAGAAACAGCCCCUGGUCAAGCAGGACAGCCUAGACACUUACAACGAACGGGACCCUUUCAAAAACGAUGAUGCACGGGAUGAGGAAGAUGACCCAGAGGAUGUGGACAGUGGCAUCGAGGGAGAGGUCGACCCUCUCGACAGAGAUGUUAUUAUCCAACCGCCACCACCACCACCACCACUGCGGCCACCAACGGAGAGAGUGUCCUUCCCCAAGGGACUGCCAUGGGCUCCCAAAGUCAGAGAGAAAGACAUCGAGCACUUUCUGGAGACCAGCAGAAAUAAAUUUAUCGGCUUUACCUUGGGAAAUGACACUGACACUUUGGUUGGGCUACCCAGGCCCAUACAUGAGAGUGUAAAGACUUUGAAAUUGUCCAAUUGCAUCCCGCUCAUCCUCAAAUUCUUCAACCAGAACAUUAUGUCUUACAUCAGUGCCAAAAACAGCAUUUGUGCCCUGGAUUUCCCUCAUUGUGUGGUUCAUGAAAUGCCUGAACUCACAGCUGAAAGCCUGGAAGCUGGUGACAGUAAUCAGUUUUGCUGGCGUAAUCUCUUCUCCUGCAUCAACUUACUGAGGAUCCUAAACAAAAUUACCAAGUGGAAGCACUCAAGAACUAUGAUGCUUGUGGUGUUCAAGUCUGCUCCCAUCCUGAAGAGGGCGCUCAAGGUCAAACAGGCCAUGAUGCAGCUCUACGUCCUCAAACUCCUCAAGAUACAGACCAAGUAUCUGGGCCGCCAGUGGAGAAAGAGUAACAUGAAAACCAUGUCUGCCAUCUACCAGAAAGUCAGACAUCGGCUCAAUGACGACUGGGCGUAUGGGAAUGAUAUCGAUGCUCGGCCGUGGGAUUUCCAGGCGGAGGAGUGCGCACUACGCGAGAGCAUUGAGAAAUUCAAUAUGCGUCGUUACGAUAAGAAUCAGAACAGUGAGUUUACACCUGUAGACAACUGCCUCCAAAGCGUUUUAGGCCAGCGCGUCGACUUGCCCGAAGACUUCCAUUACAGCUAUGAGAUGUGGCUUGAAAGAGAGGUUUUCUCCCAACCUAUUCAGUGGGAAGGUCUGCUACAAGCCCAGUGAUCCUGUUGUGAUUAUUAUGGGACUUUUGUUUCUUAUUAAACCGACACAAUUACUGUGGGAUCACGCAAAUACUCAAAGCACUGAGGGUCUGC